GUGCUGGGCGCCGGGCAGCCUGCGCCGGGAACGCGCCGUCGCUGCGGGACCGCGGGAGCCGGCGGCCCCGCCAGCGGAGCGGGAGCAACAAAAAGCAGGGGUUUCAUUUCGUCUGGUAGAAAACAACAUUAUGACACCACAAAAUUACUGUACAGUCAUUUCCAAGCAAGUGUUUGCUGCGUAGCGAUAUUGACUGCUGAAGUGGCCUGUGGGCUUAGCAGCUUGUGAAGAUGAGCAAUAAAACACGAAUUCAUAAGAAAGCAGCAUAAUAAUGCAAGUACCCACCUACUGACUGAAAGGGUAUAAAAAUGUUUACUUAAGGUGCUUCAGGCGAGUUCCUUGUCCGUAUUGCAAGCGCUGUCCAUAGCAGCUGCAUGUCAGACACAAACACGGGUACGGUGCAAGCUGAUCGACUGUAAUCUGAAAUAUGCUGGUAACUGCUGAUUGAGAUCUCUUCACUCCCACCACUAAGUACUGAGCCAUUAAAGCACAGAAUGAAAAAGAAAUGUGAAGUCUGGAGUACAAACCUACAGAAAACUCCCCGAAGAAAGGAAGUCAGACGGAGUCACCGCAGAGCUGCGGCACAAAGCAGCAGCAUGACACUCCAGCACAGAGCUGGUAGUGCCGGGCAGCUGUAAAAGAGCCGGGGAAAGGCAGGCAUGAAGGGGAACCAUUAACUGAGGCAGACAGCAGGCAGACAGCAAAGGCGCCAGCACGGUCUCAUUUGGGUCAUCUUGUAGAACCUUCUGAGAAAACAGGAUUAAUAGCAAGGAAACAAUGGUUAAUAGAAGUAACUUCAGUAUACAGCUGGACUGAAACAGGAGCAGGUUCUCCAAAGCCAUGUGGUUAUGAUAUUGUUGAGGUUCCAUAAUGCCUCCUGCCGUGACAGACAGCCUUGACAUCUGGGCAGUGGAUUCACAGAUUGGUGCUGAUGGCUCAAUAUCCGUGGACUUCCUAUUGCCCACUGGAAUCUACAUCAACUUGGAUGUCCCUCGAGAUGCCACUAUAUCUCAUAUUAAACAGCUGUUAUGGAAGCAGGCACACACCUAUCCACUCUUCCAUCUCCUCAUGGAGAUUGACUCUUACAUGUUCUCAUGUGUGAAUCAGACUGCUGUGCAUGAAGAGUUAGAAGAUGAAACACGGAGACUUUGUGACGUCAGGCCCUUUCUUCCUGUCCUUAAACUAGUGACUAGGAAUUGUGAUCCAGGAGAAAAAUUGGACUCCAAAAUAGGUGUCCUUAUAGGCAAAGGUCUCCAUGAGUUUGAUGCCUUACAAGAUCCUGAAGUGAACGACUUUCGAGCUAAAAUGCGGAGGAUCAGCGAGGAGAAAAUUCAGUCGCUUGUGGGUCUUUCCUGGAUGGACUGGUUAAAGCACACUUACCCGCCAGAACAGGAACCUGUUAUCCCAGAGAACUUCCAAGAUAAGCUCUAUAGUGGAAAUCUUGUAGUGGCUAUUCAUUUUGAUAACUGCCAGGAUGUAUUUAGUUUUCAGGUGUCUCCUAACAUGAAUCCCAUCAAGUUGAAUGAACUGGCAAUCCGAAAACGUUUGACUAUCCAUGGAAAAGAAGAUGAGGAAGUUGAUCCUGCUGACUACGUGCUGCAAGUUAGCGGGAGGCUAGAAUAUGUUUUUGGUGAUCAUCCGUUAAUUCAGUUUCAGUAUAUACGCAACUGUGUGAUGAACAGGACUCUUCCUCAGCUGACUCUAGUUGAGUGUUGCACCAUAAAGAAAAUGUGUGAGCAGGAAAUGAUUGCCAUAGAAGUUGCCAUAAGUCGAAAAUCAUCCAACCUUCCUCUUCCUCUGCCUCCAAAAAAAACAAGAGCAACGACUAGUGUAUGGGACAUUUGCAGCCCUUUCAAGAUUAUUCUGUUAAAGGGUAAUAAGCUAAAUACAGAAGAAAAUGCCAAAGUUCAUGUUAGGGCUGGUAUUUUCCACGGUACAGAGCUCCUUUGUAAAACUAUUGUAAGCACAGAAAUAUCUGGGAGAAGCGACCACGCUUGGAAUGAAGUACUGGAGUUUGAAAUAAAUGUCUGUGAUCUACCAAGAAUGGCAAGACUCUGCUUUGCAGUUUAUGCUGUGAUGGAUAAGAUGAAAACUAAAAAGUCAACUAAGUCGAUGAAUCCCUCCAAAUACCAAACCAUCAGGAAAGCAGGAAAAGUGCACUAUCCUGUAGCCUGGGUAAAUACCAUGGUAUUUGAUUACAAAGGACAACUGAAGAAUGGAGAAUUCGUACUGCACAGCUGGUCAUCAUUUCCAGAUGAGCUCGAAGAAAUGUUAAAUCCAAUGGGAACUGUCCAGACCAACCCUUACACUGAAAAUGCAACAGCUUUGCACAUUAGAUUUCAAGAAUAUUCAAAACAGCCUAUUAAUUACCCUCCCUUUGAUAAGAUACUUGAAAAAGCAGCUGAGAUUGCAAGAAGCAGUGACAAUGCUGCAAUGGCGGGUCGAGGUGGUAAGAAAUUUUAUAUUGUGCUAAAAGAAAUAAUGGAAAGAGAUCCCUUAUCUCAACUCUGUGAAAAUGAAAUGGAUCUCAUCUGGACUUUGCGAUAUGACUGUCGUGAAAACUUUCCACAAUCGUUGCCAAAGCUGCUGCUCUCCUUAAAGUGGAACAAACUUGAAGAUGUUGCUCAGCUUCAGGCUCUCCUUCAGAUAUGGCCCAAGCUGCUGCCUAGAGAAGCAUUAGAAUUGUUGGAUUUCAAUUAUCCAGACCAGUAUGUGAGAGAAUAUGCAGUGGGUUGUUUAAAGCAAAUGAGUGAUGAAGAGCUUUCUCAGUACCUUCUUCAACUUGUGCAAGUCCUGAAAUACGAACCUUUUCUUGAUUGUGCUCUCUCCAGAUUUCUGCUAGAGAGAGCACUUGCUAAUAGAAGAAUAGGACAGAUGUUGUUUUGGCAUCUAAGGUCAGAGGUUCACAUACCUGCUGUUUCAGUACAGUUUGGUUUGAUACUUGAAGCUUACUGCCGAGGAAGUGUUGCUCACAUGAAAGUGCUUGCUAAACAGGUGGAAGCUCUUAAUAAAAUGAAGACUUUAAACAGCCUAAUUAAGCUGAAUGCCAUGAAACAAAGCAAAGCAAAAGGAAAAGAUGCAAUGCACACAUGUUUGAAACAAAAUGCUUACAGAGAAGCACUCUCUGACCUCCAGUCUCCUCUGAAUCCUUCUGUUAUACUUUCAGAACUACAUGUUGAGAAGUGUAAGUACAUGGAUUCUAAAAUGAAGCCUCUAUGGAUAGUAUACAACAAUAAGAUGUUUGGAGGAGAUCUUGUAGGGAUCAUCUUUAAAAAUGGUGAUGAUCUCCGACAGGACAUGUUGACACUCCAGAUUUUACGUUUGAUGGAUGUACUUUGGAAAGAAGCUGGCCUGGAUCUCCGGAUAUUGCCAUAUGGCUGUUUAGCAACUGGAGAUCACUCUGGCCUUAUUGAGGCUGUUUCCAGUUCAGAAACCAUUGCUGACAUUCAGUUAAAUAGUAGCAAUGUUGCCGCCGCUGCUGCCUUCAACAAAGAUGCUCUCUUAAACUGGCUGAAGGAAUACAAUUUAGGAGAUGACUUGGACCGAGCCAUUGAAGAAUUUACUCUGUCUUGUGCUGGCUACUGUGUAGCUACUUACGUGCUGGGGAUUGGUGACAGACACAGUGACAAUAUUAUGGUCAGAAAAAAUGGUCAGCUCUUUCAUAUAGAUUUUGGGCAUAUUCUUGGAAACUUCAAGUCCAAGUUUGGAAUUAAAAGGGAGAGGGUACCUUUCAUACUUACCUAUGAUUUCAUUCAUGUUAUUCAACAAGGAAAAACAGGGAACACCGAAAAAUUUGGUCGGUUCCGCCAGUAUUGUGAAGAAGCAUACCUGAUUCUGCGAAAACAUGGAAACCUAUUUAUUACACUUUUUGCACUGAUGUUAACUGCAGGGCUUCCAGAGCUAACCUCUGUCAAGGACAUCCAGUAUCUCAAGGAUUCUCUUGCCUUAGGAAAGAGUGAGGAAGAAGCACUAAAACAAUUUAAGCAAAAGUUUGAUGAAGCACUCCGGGAAAGUUGGACUACUAAAGUGAAUUGGAUGGCUCACACUGUUCGCAAAGAUUACAGAUCCUAGAAGAGUUUUGGAUUUGCACUAAGCUGAAUGUUACCUUGAUAAGUAUUUUUAAAUGGCAUCUGUAGUAUGGACCAAUAAAACUUACUUUAAAUAAGAAAGAAAACAAGACAACAACAAAAAGAAACGGGCUGAAAUAAUUCCUGAUUCUUUUGCACUCUGCUUCUGAAUGCCUGAUCCCAAGACUGUCUCCACAAACAGUGACCAACCUGGAUAAUCAGUUCCUGCUGACUUUGCACGCUGAGAGCUACUAGGCAUUUUUAAAUAUCCUUUGGUACUUUAUGGAGGUGUAAAUAUUUGUUUUAUACGUUAGGGUAAUGUACUCUAACAUGCUCAGGAGGUUUGAAGACCUCUGAGAGAACUGUUUUUUGUUUUAAAUUUGGGACUUGAAGAGUAAAUUUUUCUUUAUUCUAAUCUAGCUAAAAAUGACUGUGUGUAUAUUUUUCAUAUGAAUUCUGCCAUAAUGGCACAGAUGCAUUAAUUCUACUGUAAAUAGAAACCACAGCAUCAUUGUACUACAGGGAUCUGCUUAAUGUCUUAUACUGCUGCCAAAAGAAGAAUAGCCAGGUAUUUGUAAGGUUUCUUGGGGAGUGAUGAGGGAGGCAGAGACCUCUGAAAUGUUGCAGCUUCCAGAUAGUCAUGGCUGUGCGAUUUUCUUGUCCUGAUAUAGGACACACAAAGAAGUCGUUCAGAAAGAGGAGAGGCCAAUUUCAAAUAUGUCUGAAAAUCCUCCCUUGAUGAUAGUCUCCCAUUCAGCCCCUGGGCCUUUUGUACUCCCUAGGAGAUGUGUUUAGUUCAGCUUCAACAAGAAGCUCCUCACAGCCUGUCAUUGAAACUCUUAUGUCAGAUUACUUGUACCAUGCAAAUGUGCUGUCUUAUAAACAUGGAUGGAAAAUUUUCCAUACAUAUCAUACACAGUGCUUUUUAGAACAUAAGUACCAAAAGAAACCAAAUUUUUUUGAAAGCAAGUGUUUGUGAGAAAAGACCAUUCUGUAGAACACCAAUGAGAAGUCAUUAAUCUUUUCUGUAUUUAUUAAAAGCUUUCAGUAAUGUCGCUUUACCAAGAUAUCUGUGUUGAAAAUGUUUGCUGAAGAAACUGGAUUUGUUUUAAUUUAUUUAGUGAGGUACCAGGCUUCUAGGUGCUUAAAUGGAGAGCAAAUUUGUGACGUGCAAUAGGAACUGCUGGUUAAAAGAUGUAACAUACUGUUUCUGAACAUCAGCAAGGUAGACUUUAACUACUGCUUGUUCUCCAAAGAACACUGGUAGCUCUCAAUUCUUGUUGACAUUUGAAAGAGAAUUAAAACAUAUAUUUACUUUUUGGCUAAAUUGUUGUUUUACAUAGAAAUAUUUUAUGUAGGAAUUUAAUUAAAGGUGGUUUUACUUUGUUGAGAGUGAGGUUUUGCUGUUUUUUUGGUGGUUUUUUUUGGUGUGGGCCUUUUAAAGGUUAAGGACCUAUCUGAGGCCGGGAUAGCAUUUUAGGUACUGGUUUUAUUCUCUUGCCCUAACUCUUGGGGCUAAUCUGUCUAACAAGACCUCUGCUUCUAGAAUAUCGUAAAAGUAACAAAUGCAUUGUUAUUAUUUAUUUACGUUGUAGAAGCAGGUGGAGGUGUUAGAAAGAAUCUACUCUGCAGCUGACAACUCUGAAGGAAGUAAAUUCAUCCUCAGCUAAUUCACAGUGUGUACAUUUGUUUAAGUAGUAAUUCCUAGACAUGUUAAAUUUGUCUGGGAGAUGGAGUACUCAAACGUGUUCAGGGACGCAUAACUUUUCCCAGAACAUGAGAUGCAGUUGGCCAAUUCAUCUUGACUGCUUGGGGCUGGUGAGCAAGAUGAAUAUCAGCAGGGAGCAUGAUUCUGUGCUUAUACCCAUAACUACCACUGCCGGCGAGCCCCAUGUUUCACCAGAGGCUUCUUCUGAGGUUGGGAACAAGGCAGCCAAGCCUUUGGAAGGGAUGUAGUUGUACGCACCUGCAGAAAACUCAUCAUAAGUUGUGAGUUCUGGUAUAAAACACCUUCAGUGCAGCUGGUCCCAUGUUAUGUUAUUUACUUUUUUCCAAGUCUACUUCUAAUCUGAUCCACACAUUUCCACUGGGAAAAUGACUGUUUCUAAAUGAAGCCUACUUCUCAAGUCCUUCAUUGUUACUGACAGGGGAAAAGAUACCUGCACACUGCUUUUAAAAACAGCUGAAACUGGGUGUGUGCUCUGUGUAUAUUGUAUAUAUUUGUUCUGUUUUUAUUUCGAUUGUAUGGUUAAUUGGUGGGUUUUCUUCCUUUACCUUGUAUUAUGUGAUUUGUGAAGAAUGGUGGCAAAUGCUGCUUUUAACAUUCCUGCUUGUCCUAUAUUUGCUCCCCAAGCAAAGAGCUCCCGUGGAUUUGUCCCUCACCUGUAGAGUUUCUUCCUUUCCCUUUUAUGCUUGUAUCAGUUUUAAGUGACGGUGGUGCACUGAUAUGAUAGUUCAAUCAUUCACAUUCUAGUGAAUGCCUUUGAUGGAGCCUAUUCAUAUAUUUAACAUAAUACCGUCCAAUAUCCCUCUUUAAUUUCCCAAAGCUAUUGAAAUAAUUAAAUUGUAUGGGCUCUCAGUAAUUAA